GGUAAAUAUUUCAUUAGCGCUACUUGUAGCAUUGUUGGUGUUGGUAAAUGGCUAAAAAACGUACAGCUCACGUCAUUGUUCUUGGUGAUCUCUCGCGAUCACCACGGAUAUUGUCUCAAGCUCACUUUUUGGCCCGUGAUGGUUGGUAUGUAACCAUAUCAGGCUACAAUUCUGAAUCAGUGAAUUCAUGGAGUCCAAACGUAAAACCACUGAAUAUACCUGUUUGCCCGGAUUUAAAAACACUUCAUUUCCCUUCAUUUCUGGUCUUCAUCUUUAAGUUUAUUUUUGUAGCAUUAUCUUUGUUUCUUCAUCUUGUAAAGCAUUGUCGAAGUGAAUUAAUAUUAAUUCAAAAUCCUCCAGCCGUCCCAACUUUUCUUAUUACAUGGAUAUUCAUUAAGAUUACUGGUAAAAGUUUAGUAAUUGACUGGCACAACUACGGUUAUACUCUGCUGGAACUCAAUGCUUCGAGUAAAAGCUUGUUCACACGACUGUACUAUACGUUGGAAGUGGGUUUCGCCAAGGCAUUUUUGUCGAGCAGUAUGUCAGAUUGCGUUGCCCAUUUAUGUGUGUCAAAAGCUUUACAGCAUGAUUUGGAGACGAAAGGUAUUCAAGCAACUGUUUACUAUGAUCGUGCUCCAGACGGAUUUGUUCCCACCUCAACUGAAGCUGCUCAUCGUUUAUUUUUGAAACUAAGCAAUCAAUACGAAGUUUUCAGGGAUAAAUUGAGCUCCUGUCGAUUCACGCGCUUUACUGAGUUAACUGCUCUGCCAUCUGACUCCAAAAAUAAUGGACCUAAAUGGCGCCCAGAUCGACCAGCACUAGUUGUCAGCAGUUGCAGUUGGACACCUGAUGAUGAUUUUGGGCUGGUGAUUGAUGCAUUAUGUAUUUACGACGAGAUUGUGGAGCAAUCUAACUCAGGUUUACCCCAUGUGGUGUUUGCUGUAACAGGUCGUGGUCCACUCAAAAGCUAUUACCAAAAACUGGUUAAGGAGAAAAAGUGGAAACACGUAGAAGUUAUCAUGCCCUGGCUUGAAUGGUCGGACUAUCCUAUUUUUCUUGGUUGUGCUGACCUGGGAAUAAGCAUACAUCGGAGUUCUUCGGGAUUGGAUUUACCCAUGAAAGUGGUUGAUUUGUUUGGUGUCAAUGUACCUGUCUUGGCACUCAGCUAUCCAACACUCUGUGAAUUAAUGGAUGAGAAUAAUUAUGGUUUAUGUUUUGAAACAUGUCAUCAGCUAGUAGACCAGAUGUGCAGCUUGCUGAAACCCUGUCAAGAAUCUACAACUAAACAUACUGAUGAAUCUAGUCGGUUUUUAUCCGUUGGAUCUGGACAGCUUAUCUACUUUCGUGAAUCUUUAAAACAACGGAACAAAAGUUUACCCAGAGGAUUUACUUAUUGGAAAAAUACUGCACUUCCAGUUUACUCGAAAGUAGUCUCCACUGCUUAUCAUGCGAAUAAGAGAGACUAAACAAAACGUUGGAAUUACCUGCUGGAAAUAUAUGUGAAUUGUGAUAUUUAAUAUAAAUCUACUUUUCACAUGAUAUUUACGCUUUGAAUUUAUGCCAUCAUUGUAUUGUAAUAUUAUGAUGUUUACAGAGGGGACAAAGUGUAGCCGAGUGCAGUGUAACCCAUUGAAACUUAUCUUGUUGUUACAUGUAUUUCUGAACCACGACUAUUAUCUCUUAUUUGUUUCAUGAGUUAAAACGUAAACAUGAGAAGAAUUACUGCUUAUUUUUCCAAACAUCCAUCAGUACGCGUAUUUUCUUGACUGGAGAAACCAAAUAGGUGACUACCACUAAUAGCUUAUCAGGAGAACGGUUUUACGAAGUUCAGUAAGAUUAGAUAACCUAGUU